CUUUAUUCAUCUCUAAAAUGUCUUCCUUAGGGCAAAAAAUACUGAGAUUAAACUGUCUAUUUUUAUUGCUCUUGCUGGUAGCUCAUUGUACUCCUGAUGACCCCAUUACGUGCACCACAGGCAACUCAAACUGCACCAUCACCAACGCUUAUGGAACCUUUCCUGACCGUAGUAUCUGUCGAGCAGGUGGCGCCGUCUACCCUACCACUGAGGAAGAGCUCAAAGCAAUCGUUGCUACCGCAACCAGAAGCGGAUUGAAAAUGAAGGUGGCCACCCGGUCAUCUCACAGCAUUCCCAAGCUGGUUUGUCCCGGCGGAGAAGAUGGGCUUCUUAUAAGCACCGAGCGCCUGAACAAGGUGCUGAACAUCGACACCGCAGCGAUGACGAUGACUGUUCAAAGUGGAGUGACGCUUAGGGAUCUCAUAAGUGAGGCUGCAGAGGCCAAACUGGCCUUGCCUUACACGCCCUAUUGGUGGGGUUUGACCAUUGGAGGCCUGUUGGGUACGGGCUCACAUGGCAGCACAUUGUGGGGUAAGGGAAGCUCGGUUCAUGACUAUAUUACCGAGCUUACAAUCGUCAGUCCGGGCACAGGCGCGGAUGGAUUUGUCAAAGUCCGGAGUCUCAAGGAAAGUGAUGAAGAACUAAAGGCCGUCAAGGUCUCACUUGGAGUUCUUGGGGUUAUCUCACAGGUGACAUUUAAACUAGAGCCUUUGUUCAAAAGAUCAAUCACUUACUCGACCAAGAAUGACUCCAAUUUGGGGGAUGAAGUGGUAAGUUUUGGUAGGGAGCACGAGUUUGCGGAUAUUAUAUGGUACCCGACUCAGCAAAUGGCAGUGUACAGAAUCGAUGACCGAGUUUCUUCCAACACUUCUGGCAAUGGUUUAUACAAUUUCAUUCCAUUCCGCCCAACCUCCUCUUCGUUACUUGGACUUAUGAGAACCAUAGAGUAUAAGCAAGAAUCAUUAAAUGAUGCUUAUGGGAAAUGCCUUUCUGCGAUGUUUGUUACAUAUAUUCUUGCUGAAAAGGCUUAUGGUUUGACAAACAACGGUUCUCUCUUUACUGGAUACCCAGUGAUUGGAUCUCAACAUCGAGUCCAAGCAUCGGGAACAUGUUUAGAUAGUCUGCCAGAUGUCGGAACCUGUGCUUGGGACCCCAACGUUAAUGGUUUAUUCUUCCACCAAAGCACAUUUAGCAUAGCCCUGCCCUCUGUCAAGAACUUCAUUGAAGAUGUUCAAAACCUUGUCAAGUUACAACCAGAGGCCCUAUGUGGCACAGAACUCUACAACGGAAUUCUCAUGCGUUAUGUCACGGCCUCAAAUGCUUAUUUGGGUAAGCAAGAGGAUGCAAUUGACUUUGACAUCACUUAUUACCGAAGUAAAGAUCCAUUGACUCCCAGACUUUACGAAGAUAUACUUGAAGAGAUUGAGCAAUUGGCUAUGUUUAAAUAUGGAGCCUUGCCCCACUGGGGGAAGAAUAGGAACAUAGCUUUUGAAGGAGUUUUAAGCAAGUAUAAGAAUGGUCAAGAGUUUUUGAAGGUUAAAAAUACUUAUGACCCUUUAGGGUUUUUCUCAAGUGACUGGACUGAUCACGUCUUGGGACUUAAGGAUGGGCUAAGUAUAGUGAAGGAAGGUUGUGCAUUGGAAGGGUUAUGCAGGUGCACAGAGGAUGCUCAUUGUGCCCCUAGCAAAGAUUAUUAUUGUCGACCAGGAAAAGUUUAUAGCGAUGCAAGAGUUUGUACUCGUUUGAAUUCGGAUGGUAAUUUAUUGAAAGAGAUUGCCACCGAAGAUGUUGAUGAGAAGCUUUCGGUGCAACUAGCUUGA